GUUUUCGCGGCAAGACGCUAAAAGCGCCAGAAGCAACGCGUCGGUCGAUGUCCGUUGUCGGAAGAAGAUUUCACUGUUAUUAACGGUGUCAUUUUGAGAUUUUGAGCAGAAUUCGAGUGAUUUUCCCGUCCAGGAAAUUCUUAACGGUACAGCUUGAUCGUUAAUCACACAAUGAGUAAGUCAAAGGAUUCUCCAGCAACGGAAGGAGAAACGGAGGAAGAGUUUAGUGUCGAGAAGGUGCUCGAUCGCAGAGUGGUAAAAGGAAAGGUGGAGUAUUUUCUGAAAUGGAAAGGGUAUUCCAAUGAUGAAAACACAUGGGAACCAGAAGAAAAUUUGGACUGUCCUGACCUGAUUGCCCAAUUUGAAGAGCAGCGUAAAAAGAAAGAGGCUGCCGUUGCGAGUAAACGUCACGAAGAAAAGGAGCAGAAGAAACGAAAGGGGUCAAGCACGCCAACUCCUACACAAGCUAAGAAAAAAAUAGUAGACGAUAAGAAACCUGAAGGAUUUGAUCGCAACUUGGAACCUGAACGUAUUAUCGGUGCAACCGACUCCAGUGGCGAACUGAUGUUCCUCAUGAAAUGGAAGGGAACGGAUGACGCGGAUUUAGUACCAGCACGUAUUGCCAAUGAAAAGUGUCCACAAAUUGUAAUUAGGUUCUACGAGGAGAGAUUAACGUGGCACAGUCCCACUCAUGACGAGGAAGGCUCAACGAAACCUGAUCCGGAGUAGCCUCCAGCCUUCCGAUACACGUACACAGCGCGUUUUAAAAUUUGCCGCAUUUGAAGCAAAACUCAAUUUAUACAGAUGAAACUAUUUCCAACUACGUACUAUGGAGUAAAAGAUAUUCAUACAUCUUGGGGUUCUUUUUUUUUUUUUACAACAUGCCAUACUGUAAUUGUUAGAUUAGAGUAUAAUUGUCAUUUAUCUGUCUCUAACAGUAAUUCGAGGCAAUACUGGUACUUUUAAGAAUCGUAUCAAAGCACCUUGCACAUUUACAAUAAAGUAAGUUUGAAGGAUACUCUUUUAAUGAAAAAAAAGUGUUCAACGUGAAAAAUACGUAAGCGUGGUAUGGCACAAGAUGAAGAUCCAUUAUCACAAAUGCUGGAAACAUGAAUAUACAAUUUCUUCUAAAAUAUGUAAAUAACAUUGGACUACAAAUGUAUUUCUUUUUGUUUCCUGUGCUAUGAAGUAUCAGAAACACCAUUGUACUAGUCCGUUGCUAUCGGUCAAGAUGAAUUGGAAUGACAUUACAAGGUAGACCGCAACAGAAUUCAUACAUUUAAAAACUUGAGGUUUCGAAUUUCGAUAAUCAAUUUUCUUUUAACGUUAUAAUUAUAUUAGUAGAUCUUUUAUGUGAUAAAUGUCGAGUGUAAAUAUAGGGAAGGGAUAAUUUAAAGCGAAUCGAAAUGAUCGCAUUUUAUAACUUGUGACACUAUCGUUCCCACGCUUCCUUACGUAUGAUUCACAUAAAAUCGGUAUAACGGCGCAUCGAGAAAUGAUUGAAACGUAUUAUUUUUAUAAACAUUUCAGUUGAAAAUGAAACUCCUAGAAAAUGUUCAAAAUACUUCUGUCAAUUGAUACUGAGAAUAAAGAUCAGAGGUAAUUUCUAACCAAA